UCUAGGUGGAGGCUGGAAAGUCUAUUGUUUACCCUCGGUCGCUUGGAAGUAAGUUGCUGCCAAUUCAUUGUCAUGAAUGAAAAGAUAAGAAUAAAUCUUGUCAUCAAGGAUACUAACAUUCAAAGGACAAUAUUUAGUCAUCUUCCCUCUCUAAAGUAUUCAGCCAUGUUUCAUUGAAAGCAUGAGUCACUGUAUUACUAUCACAAUCUGUGACAGAACCAGUUCAGACCUCUUGUGACAUUCUCAGGCGGAGUAGGAUGUACCCAAACACAUUUAUUUGCUGUUAAAGUGAGAACCAUUCCAUUCAACUUUGGACACAAUGAGUUUCCACAUUUCAACAUUCCACAGGCAGCACUCACAAGUGAUAUUUUAUCUUUUCUUUAUUGUAUUGGUACCACCAUUACCUGCAUCAGGAGCAGACAACUUCCGGCUGUCCACAACAGAGUACACCAUCACUCUGUCCUUCAGACCUGACACAAGCGCCACCAACUACACAGCAUCAUUUCGGCUGAGUAACGGCUUCACCUAUAACUACAGAUGGGCACUCCCUCCAUUCUCCAACAUCCCAGUCAGUAUUAUGUUUGAUGGCGGUCUGCCUGGUCAGCGGUAUACAGUGGAGCUGGCUGAAGAACUCAGUUCCAGCCCUAGCAAGACAGUGUUUGCUCAAGAAACAGCUACAAUACCACUGAGUCCUGUGAAUGUUACAGUGCAAGACAGGGGAAGUAACUAUUUAAUCUUGACAUGGGCAACUGUGAAUGAUUUGUUGAACCAAGGCUUUGUGAUAAGCUACAGAAAAGAAAAUGAUGCCCGACAAAGUAUUAAUACCUCAAGUGUCCUCACCUUCAACCUCACUGGUUUGAAUGCUGGGUACAGUUACGAAGUUUCUAUAGAAGCUGUCACAUUAGACAAGAGAAGCAACCCAUCAGACACUAUCUUAGCCACCACUUUGCCAUUACCACCUACCAACCUUGUGGCAUCUGAAGACAGUUCAAAUAUGACAAUAUCCUGGUCACCACAGACAGGGUCCUAUCAGGAUUUCUACCAAGUGAAGUAUUCUGUCAACGGGUCGUCCCCCUUGGUCACCACCCACUGUACUGACCCUCCCUGCUCAUUUGCCCCUGGUCCCCCAUCUGGUGUAACUGUCAGUAUUUUUGUCUACUCUGUCAGCCAUAACUUUACUAGUGUACCAGUCAGAAUGGAACAUUCAACAGCCCCUGGUAUAGUGUCCAACCUAAGAGCUGUAGAGGGUGUUAGAAGUCUGAACCUCUCCUGGACUGCCCCCAGUAACUCUGUACAAGUGAACUACAGCCUAAUCCUGACCAGCCUCAGUAACUCACCAGAGAGCAAAGUCUCCACGUUUGUAGUACCUGCUGUGGGUAACCUUGUGGUCAAACAGCUGGACUCCUUGUAUGGAGGCAACCUGUAUGAGGUCAAGGUCAGGGCAGUGGCCAGGUAUUCUAUUGGAGCUGCCACUACAGAAAAUUUUAGAACAGUUCCAGAGCCAGUAACAAACCUGACAGGCAUGGCACUUAACACUACAGCUAUCUUGUUGUCCUGGAUUCCUCCAACUAGAUCCUACAUUGGAUUUACCAACAUCACAGUCUACUCUCCAGGAGCCCAACCCUAUGUGGUAGAAGAAAAUAGAGAAUUUGUUAAGUCUCGUGAGCUGACAGACCUAAUCCCUGGCCAGCAGUACAAUGUAUCUCUGAGUGUCUACAGUCCCUACAGUUUCAAACCCAGCUCUGAAGUUUUUGGUUUCUUUAGAACAAAGCCGGUUAAGCCAAGAAUUGUGUCUGUUGGAGUUGAAGAAAGAUCAAUCAACCUUACAUUGGCAAGACUCAAUGAUCAAGGAGUAUUUACCUCAAUACAGGCCUCACUAUCAGUAGGAGAAUCUCAGAUUGUCAAUGCUGCCAGAAAUAUGAUCUUCAGCAGCCUCAUCCCUGGUACUCACUACAAGCUGGAUGCUUAUGUGCUCAGUGGACAGGAGUCUAGUGAACAUAUCUAUGCUGAUUUGUACACAAAGCCAAGACCACCACAAAAUGUGUAUGUGUCCACUGAUGGAGAGGACAAGGUAUUUGUGGAGUGGGACGGCCCUGAUGAAGGAGGAUUUGACAACUUUACUGUAACAAUCUUUGAUGUAGACAAUGCUGACAAUGCAUGGAGCUUGGUGACAACAGAUCUGUUUGCUGAGUUUGAUAGACUUCUACCAGGCAGCACGUAUAAUGUCUCUGUCAGCACAAUCAAAGGGGAUCAGAUCAGUAGAGAAGUCUGGGACUCUAAUACCACCAAAUUGCUCAAGUUAAUAAAAAGAAACAGAUUCUUUAACCACCUUUCUAAGCUGCUAAAACAAAAUAUGAAUUUUAAUGCUAUUAGUCAUUACCGUACAAAAAGAGCAGAUUCAGGAGCUCCACUAGCAGUAGAAAAUCUAAAUGUGGCAAGUUUGAACACAACAGCUUUAUUCCUAUCCUGGUCAGUUAGCAGUAGCAGUAAUCAAACAAGCUUUGAUAUAUAUGCUAACAAAAACUACUUAGUAAAUGCGACUAAACAGUUGAACUAUAACCUGACAAUGAGUGACCUCACACCUGGAACCAGCUAUAGUGUCUCCGUUGUUGCUGUUAAGGAGGAAGCUAGAAGCAGCCCUAAAAGUGUACAAGGACUUACAGCACCCAACCCAGUGACCAAUCUAAAUAUAGAACUCAGUUCCCCCACUAGUCUACAAGUCACAUGGAUAAGACCCAGUGCAGGAAGAUCUGACAGCUUUAAUAUCAGCUACAAAUCACUCAACUCCAGCUCGAUGAACAACACUAGCACUACAUCUACAAGUAAAACCAUCUCUGGUCUAUUUCCUGGUUACACAUAUGAGUUCAAUGUCACAGCUGUUAGCAAUGGUGUACAAAGUCAAGAGGUUACAAAAGUUUAUGCCUUGAGUCCACUACCACCAGAAAAUGUCAGCAAGGUCAAAGGUGAAACCAAUGAAACUAAUGUUAAAAUAACUUGGCAACAUGAUGCAACAAAAACUUACUGUGAAAAAUGGGAGAUCACUUGGUUGACUUAUAGCCAGACAGUCAACACUACCCAAGAUAAAACAUAUACGUCUACUGUAGGCCAACUGGUCGCUGGUAAAACAUACACAGUCACAGUUGUCAGUGUGGUAGGAAACAAAAGAUCAAACAAUGUCCAGCUCAAAGUAACUACAAAACCUCUAAUGACAUCUAAACUAACAGAAGUAUCAAGCACUAAUAGUUCUAUUAGAUUCAACUACACUGUUGUAAGUGGUGAUACAUUUGACAACUUGACCUUUAGUUUAAAGGAUGGAAACAAUGUAGACAAUGUAGACAAUGUAAGCCCAGUGACAAGAACUAAAAGUGAUCCAAAAGAUGUUGAGUUCUCUGGUCUGACAGCUGGGACUAAGUACACUGUGUCCGCAGUAACCAACAGCAAUGAUGAAACAAGCUCUCCCAAAAUACUACAGAUCCUAACUAAUCCUAAUGCCGUCCCUGUCAAUCUAUAUCCAUACUCUCAAAGUGUAACUUUAGAGCUGGGCCCACAACUAGGUGAUGCUGCUAAUUACAUCAUUACAUGUAUGGACUCUAACAACCAAAGCUGUAAAGAAAAGAAAGUCCAGAGAUCCCAGAAUCUCAAAUUUAAUGAGACAAUCAGUGACUUGAAACCAUACCAGGAUUACAUGUUUACUGUGGAAACACAGACUGAGACUUUGGAUGGACAUUACAAAAAUGUAACAAAAAUGUACUCCAUUAGGACAUUACAAGCUGCCCCUGGUCCAGUUGUAUCUUUAAAUGCAAGUGAACCAGUGUUCCGUACAGUCAAGUUAACAUGGAAGCCACCUGUUGAAGCCAAUGGAAACAUUACUAAAUACAUGAUCAGUUAUACUAAGGAUAAUGAUAAGCAAGAGGAGAUUUUUUCCACUGAAUCUUUGAUGACUGAAUUCACCAUAGCAAAUCUCACACCUGGAGUAUCCUACACCUUUAAGGUAUCAGCAUUCACUGUGGAGAAGGGCAAUGAAACUGAGAUAAAAUAUGAAACAAAAACACAAGCCCCAGUAUUUAAAGAAAGCCUUACACUGGAGAGCAGCAAACCCGAGUUAGCACCAGAAGAUCAGAGACCGGUGACAGAAAACCAGCUCAAGCUACUUUUUAUCAACCCAUUCAGUGACGCCAAUGGAAAAGUUAUAGAGUAUUCAGUGAUUGUAUCAACAGAGCCCUCACCUGAACAUGACACUAAUGAUGACUUGCCAAGUUGGGGCCAGGCUAGAGAGGACAGUACAAUAAAAGUUUACAAGGCCAUCAAUAGAUGUAAAGACUUCUUCAGUUCAACCUCAUCGUGUGGAACUGCUAGAAGAAAAAAACGUGAAACAGAUAACACUGGACACCUGUUUGUUGUUGGAGCUGAGUUGAAUUGUGAGGGGAAAAAAUUCUGUAAUGGCCAGCUGUCUGAGAACACGGGGUAUUACAUCAAGCUGCGGGGCUACACCAAGCAUGGACAUAAUGACACAGCUUAUUCAGACAUGAUCAAAACAGCUGAAAGUCAGUCCAACAGUGUAGCUUCCACUAUAGGAGGCGUUAUUGGUGCCUUCAUUAUUCUCAUUCUCAUUGCUGUGGCUGUCAUUUUGUUCCUUAAGUGGAGAAACCGUCCAAAGAAAGCCUCUAAACAUUCAGCACCUAAAUCAUCCUGGGAGCACAACGCACUUGCCAAAUUAAGCCGUCCUGUGAAACUAUCUGACUUUCCAUUCCAUGUGAAGAAAAUGGAAUCGGACUCAGAUUUUAAAUACGCUGAAGAAUAUGAGGACUUAAAAGAAGUGGGACGUGAUCAGCCCUGUACGGCUGCAGAAUUUCCACCCAACCGACCAAAAAAUCGCUUCACUAACAUUUUGCCUUAUGACCAUUCCCGUGUUAAACUCCUGCCAACAGACGAUGAAGAAGGCUCAGAUUAUAUCAAUGCUAACUACAUGCCAGGUUACAAUUCAAAGAGAGAAUAUAUAGCCACACAGGGGCCAUUACCCUCAACACGAGAUGAUUUCUGGAGAAUGAUUUGGGAACAGAACUGUCGAAAUAUAGUCAUGUUGACACGCUGCCAGGAGAAAGGAAGAGAGAAAAGUGACCAUUACUGGCCGAAUGAUUCAGAAGCCAAGUUUUAUGGUGAUCUUCAAGUGGUCAUUUUAAAUGAAACCCACAUGCCAGAUUGGACAGUGACUGAGUUAAAAGUGUCUUUGGGAGAGCAAUCAAGAAAUAUUCGUCACUUUUAUUAUCGAGUGUGGCCAGAUUUUGGUGUACCAAAAAAUCCUACGUCCUUGAUACGUUUUGUACGGACUGUCAGGGACAAGCUUAUACGGGAAGGUGGACCUAUAGUAACUCACUGCAGCGCUGGUGUGGGCAGGUCUGGAACUUUCAUUGUACUGGAUCACGUCUUACAGCUGAUUAGGGAAAAAGAUGAAGUGGACAUCUUUAGUCUUGUUUAUAAACUCCGCAAGGAAAGAGUUCUCAUGGUGCAGACUGAGCAACAAUACAAGUUUAUCCAUGAGUGUUUGCUGUGUGUGUUGGAGGGUAGGGAGGAGGACACAACGUACGCUAAUGUUGGAGAGGUCAACCCUGGCUUCGAAGAUGAAGAUACAGAUUUCGGAAUAAACAUGGAUGGUGAUGACGAAGGUAUCAAUGUUGAGCUCAACUAAAGGUGAGCUACUUGUUUUCACCUGGUGGUCUACCUGUUAUUCCCUGCGCUACAGCUGUUGUGUGGCGGAAACCACACCAUGAUAGCCCUUACCUUAUGUGAUAAAAACAGCCCACUGGCUGAUGGGAACACUAUGCAUUUAAAUUUGGUUACUAAGUAUCUGUUGUAUGUACAUAAAGAUUUUUUACUCUUAUUAUUGUUAUGAUGUUAAGUUUUGUUUUUGUUGAUAUGUCCUUGAAUUCAUGUGCCUUUAAUGUCUAGUAAAAAUGUGAUCCUUAAUUGUGACUCUAGCAUGAGAUAUGUUUAUAUCUAUGAUCAACUUUUGCAGUUUGUACUUAAACAGCUUUUACAUUAUUUUACAUACUAAAUGUAUCACAUUUUUGUUAUACUUACAAUUUUGUUGUAUAUUUUACAGUUUAAAACAUUCAGACCCUUUACAGCUAAAAGAUUUUUAGCUUGUAUUAUUUUAUUAACUCAUAUUUUUUAAAAUUUGGGAAACUUUAUCCAAGUCUAGUCCAAUAAUAUUUUUUUUAGCCAAACCAAUUUAAAAUGGAUAUUAUUUUGAACAUUCCAUAGAUAAGUUGUUAUCUAGUCAGUCUGGUUGAAAUUAAAACUUAUAUUUUAAAUAAACCAUGUAAUCUCAAGACAUAUUACCUAUUGAUCAUAGCUUCUCUACCAGCUUGUGUCUGUGACUUGAUCUGCAAUUAUUAAAUCAAAAUGUUUUUGUACAUAAGCUAUUUAUUCAAUGUUCAUUAUGUUAAUUAACUUUGAAUAAUUUUAAAUUUCGCAAUGUUUUUUUUUUAAGUAAUACCUAAUGACUGUUGAUUAUCUCCCAUAUCAACAUUUAUAGAAUCUCUAUUUGCGUUAGUGGGGGUCUAAAAAUGAUAUCAGGCUCCGUGCAAG